CGGACUCGCUCCCCUGAGCGCUCGCAGCCUCCCCCGCGUCCCUCCGGGCUCGCACGGGGUGGGGGGAGCCUCUCCUGGCUGUCGCCACCUGGGUUUCCCGUGGCGGGAGGGUCUGCGGGAGCUUGGAGCGGCCGCCGCUCCCCUGUGUGGGUGCCCCUGCGCGCCCAGGUGCGAUCCUCGGCUCUGCUCCUUCCCCCGCGGUUGUUGUUUGUUUCUUCUGCCGGAGAGUUUGAAUGUGCCGGGCUGUGGGGCUCGCAAAGCCCCUUGCGGGCAUGGGUGUCCUCUUGUGGCGGCCGCCUCGUCAUGCUGGAGAGCCGGGACACGGGCAGGGUGAAGGUGUACGGGUGACAGCCCGCCCGGCCACCCUGGCUUUUCCUUCUCCCUUUGGGAAGGGCAGAGCGCAGCCCUGAGCGGUCGGGAGGCAGGUCUGAGUGCGGGCAGGAGCGGGCUGUGGGAUGCUCCGCACAUUGCUGAGGGUUUUGACGCUGCCCUGUCGUGCUGGGCUGCCCUCAUAGGCGGGGAUGCUGGUGCUUGUUUGCUUUGCCUGCAGGAGUGGGAUGGGGAGGAUUCAUUCCUGCAGGCUGCAUCAGCUCCAGGGACAGCUCUGGGGCUCUGGAGCAGGAUUUUGGGUGCGUCUCCUUUCCUUCUUGUCCUGUAAACUAGCAGCGGCUGGAUUUAGCACAUGUGCCUGCCAGGUGGAAGGGGUGAUGGCCUGCAGGAGUUUUGCAGUGUCGUGGACACAAAUUGCAGCCCUAGCUUCCUUGAGGAGUUUUUCAGAUACUAUGCUGUCUGCAGGGAGCGCUGAAGUUGUUUUUUUAGGAGCACGGAGUGACUUUAUUGAGUGGGUUUGUCUGGUGGGUUCUCCCCGUACCUCCCAGCUAAUCUGGGUGGGAGUGGGAGCUCGGGUUACAGCAGCUAAUCCCAGACUACAGGCGGGUUUGCGGGGCUGUAAUCUGUGAGCACAGCCCUCCUCCCCGGCGGGACUGGAGCCUGGGAGGCCGGCUCGGUGUCGGGUUUUUAUUGCCGCGCUGGGGAUGCGGAAGGCGCAGGCAGAUGGAUGCACGUGUGUGCAGCAGCCGUGCUCUCUCUCGGCUGGGAUCGGCCCGAGCAUCCUUCCCGCUCCCUAACAUCCCCAGGGUGGCUCUGAGCCACCAGCUGCGGUUGUGGUGGCCGUGGUGUCCCCAGCAUUGGUGUGAGCCCCAGCCUCAGGGGCUCUCUGCUGCCCUGGUGCUGCCUCUCUGUCGGAAUCUGACACCCCUCAGCCAGGUUUGAGUUUCUUCUCCAUGAGGUCACUUGAAUUCCAACCCGAGCGACCAUGAGCGCGCUUGACUUGACUUCCAUCCUGGAUUUCCUGGAGACGGCCAACUUGACGGAGAUCAACUGGACGUGCAGCAGCGGCGAGUGCAUCACGGUGGAUGCCACGACAUGCCCUGGCACGCUCAACAAGAGCGCCCUGCUCUACACCCUGUCCUUCUUCUACAUCUUCAUCUUCGUCAUAGGCCUGGUGGCCAACUCGGUGGUGGUGUGGGUCAACCUGCAGGCCAAAAUGACGGGCUAUGAGACCCACCUGUACAUCUUCAACCUGGCCAUCGCCGACCUGUGCGUCGUCAUCACCCUGCCCGUGUGGGUCGUCUCGCUCGUCCAGCACAACCAGUGGCACAUGGGGGAAAUCACAUGCAAGAUAACCCACCUGAUAUUUUCCAUCAACUUGUACAGCAGCAUCUUCUUCCUGGCGUGCAUGAGCGUGGACCGCUACCUCUCGGUCGCCUAUUUCACCAACUCCAGCAGCCGCAAGAAGAAGAUCAUCCGCCGCUGCAUCUGCAUCCUGGUGUGGCUCCUGGCCUUCUCCGCCUCCCUCCCGGACACCUAUUACCUCAAGACAGUCUCUUCCAACAGCGAGACCUACUGCAGGCCCGUCUACCCUGAGGAGAGCUUCAAGGAGUGGUUGAUUGGCAUGGAGCUCAUCUCCGUGGUGCUGGGCUUCCUCAUCCCCUUUCCCGUCAUCGCCGUGUUUUAUUUCCUCCUGGCCAAGAGCAUCUCCACCUCCAGCGACCAGGAGCGCAAGAGCAACGGGAAGAUCAUCUUCUCCUACGUCGUGGUGUUCCUGGUGUGCUGGCUGCCCUACCACGUGGCCGUCCUGCUGGACAUCUUCUACAGCCUUCACUUCAUCCCCAUCAGCUGCCAGAUGGAGAACUUCCUCUACGCCACCCUCCACAUCACUCAGUGCUUCUCGCUGGUGCACUGCUGCGUCAACCCCAUCCUGUACAGCUUCAUCAACCGCAACUACAGAUACGAGCUGAUGAAAGCCUUCAUUUUCAAGUACUCUGCCAAAACGGGCCUCACCAAACUCAUCGACGCCUCCAGAGUGUCAGAAGCAGAAUACUCAGCUCUGGAGCAAAAUGCCAAAUGACUGCAAGCCCAGAAAGGAACUUCCUUGACUCUCUGACCUGAUUUUUUUUUUUUUUGUGUGCGUUAUGGUUUGUUGUUUAUUUUUAUUUUUUUUCUACCCCUUCCUUUCAACGUGCUUGUUACGAACGCGGCGUGAAUUCCAGCCUACAAAAGAGAGAGGACAAAGUGUAAUUUAAGAGUAGGAUCAGUUGCAAAGUGGAAGUGGUACCAAAAUGAAAAACCUUUUCUCCUCCUAGCCCAGUGUGGACUCCUCAACAAUGCUAUGCAAGUGGAAAUUAUUUCCUAGCAGACAAAGCCAUUGUGUACCAUAGAUGACAUGGAUAAGCUUCUCCUUCCACGUCUUGAUUCCCUCUUGUCUCCUUGUGUAUGUUUAUAUAUAGUGUGUGUUGUAUUUAAAAGCUCGAGACUUUAUUUUCUGCCUCUUGGUGUACCUUAUACAAGUGUAUUUGAAAGUUAAAUAUAUUUUUAUCAUGUAUUUGAAGUAUAUUGCUGAUGAGUGUAUCCAGAGUGCUGUAGUUCUGAGUGUUAGGUGGCCGUUUGGCUCCAAGAGGAUGCUGAUAAAUAGGAUGGAAAUGAUCUCUUGGGAGCAUCCUCCCUGGCUGGCACACUUUAUGGACCAUGGCUUUAUGUGGUGUCACACCCACAUGCUGGAGCAUGAGAUAUAUGUAGUGUAAUAUAGCUGCCAUCAUGUUAAAAUUAACAGUAUUGUCAGAGUCCUUAACUCCUACACCCCUGCUUCACCAGGCUGUAUCCUCCUGCACAGAGUGAGUGAUCUUACUGCUGAGAGUUGUCUCUAUUUGUAAGUUAUUUUUGUAAAAUAAAGAUCUGAGAAAAAGAAA